GCCAGCAGCUGCAGCCAGCUCGAGGCAUGUGGAGCUGGGCUGGGGGCUGAGUCCGUUUGACCAGCGUCGAUUCCAGCGAAGCUAGUCGACAGUCGGGGGCAAGUGGUCGGCGCAGUGACAACGUUUGGGUGACGGCUCCCCUGGACAGCGAGGGAGAGAAUGAGAAUAGUGGAUUUAGUUUCUACUUGUAGGUACAGCGCAGCAGAAGAAGGGAAGAUUUGGACAUGAAGAAGGACAUAGACACAUUGAUAGCAGAGGAACGCGCUGAAAUCAUCACUAAAUAUGACAAGGGCAGGCAGGAGGGUGUCAAAAUUGACCCAUGGGAGGAUGCUGACUACAGCAUCUAUAAGGUCACUGACCGCUUCGGAUUCCUGCAUGAGGAAGAGCUGCCAACACCCAGUGCGCUUGAAGAGAAGCAAAAGCAGCAGGAGAUAGAGCGAGUGGAGAAGUGGCUGAAGAUGGUGAAGAACUGGGAUAAGUACAGGCACAGUGAAAAGUUGGUGAAGCGUGUGUAUAAAGGAAUCCCUCUGCAGCUGAGAGGCCAGACCUGGGCCUUGCUUUUGGACAUAGAGAAAGUCAAGAUGGAUAACAGGGGGAAAUAUGAGAAAAUGAAGCAGCAGGCUCGUAGCUUCUCCACAGAGAUCAAACAAAUAGACUUAGACGUCAACAGAACCUUCCGGAACCACAUCAUGUUCAUGGACCGCUUUGGAGUCAAGCAACAGGCACUGUUCCACGUAUUAGCAGCGUACUCUGUCUACAACACUGAGGUGAGCUACUGCCAGGGGAUGAGUCAGAUCGCUGCCAUCUUGCUCAUGUACCUGAAUGAGGAAGAUGCCUUCUGGGCUCUGUCCCAGCUCCUAACCAACAGCAAGCAUGCCAUGCACGGGUUCUUCAUCCCGGGAUUUCCCAAGCUGCAGCGUUUCCAGGCCCACCACGAGCUGAUCCUCUCCAAAAUGCUGCCGAAGCUGAAGAAACACCUGGACAAGGAGCAGAUGACAACGGGGAUUUACACCACCAAAUGGUUUUUGCAGUGCUUCAUUGACAGAACCCCGUUCACCCUCACCCUGCGUUUAUGGGACAUCUACAUAUUGGAGGGAGAGAAGAUGCUAAAUGCCAUGGCUUAUACAACCUUCAAGUUACACAAGAAGCGCCUGCAGAAGCUUCAGUUAGAGGACCUGAGGGAGUUUCUCCAGGAGCAGCUGGCUGUUUCUUUCUUCCUGCCUGAUGAUGUGGUGGUUGAACAGUUACAGGCCGCUAUGUCUGAGCUUCGCAGUAAAAAGCUGGACCAACCUCCUCCAGCCAAGUCAGAGGAGCUGCCAAAGAAACCUCUGGGGCAAGAGAGGCCAGUUCUCCUUCUGCCUCUGCAGCCAGACUCUCCUCUGGAAGUAAAAAUAAAUUUGGAGCCCCACAGCCAACCCAAUACAGACCCCCCUCAUACAGACAGCAUCACUCCACACCAGACCCCUUCUCCUGCAAAGCCCCAGGACUCGAGAACACCUCCUUCACUUUCACCUGACCCAGUUGUAGUCCACACACAAGGAACUCCUACUCCUUUAAGGCCUUGUAGAGCACCUCCCUUACCUCCAAAAGUAGAUAAGCCCUGUGCUGAGCUCGGGUUGGACAGAGAGGUGAAGGAGUGUCUUACAGAUGUUAGCCAGACCGAAGAUGAGGGAAAACAGGAAAGCCACCCUGGACGCCCAGAGACCCCUGUGGAUUGGCCUCCACCCUAUGAGCCCCCUGCUUUGGAUGCUCUUACCCUGCAGGCCGAGGUUGAGAUCAUGGACCUUCCAGAUCUGCCACCUCCACCUUUCUUUUACGCUGAGCAGAAUGACCAAAGUCCUUUGGAUAGCAAACCACCCUGCCUAGGGACUGGCCCAGAGAUCCAGCGCCGCUCCCCUUCCCCCCGCUCAGCCUCACCACUGGUCACUCAAAUGAAGCCACCUCCAAAACCAUGCCUAAAGCCGCCGACGUCUCUCAACCUCACACAGAAAAAAACACCUCCCUCAAAGCCUUCCACUCCCCGGGCCUUCACCACAUCCUCCUCCUGCUCUCCCAGACUGCCUCCUCCAAAGCCAACCAAGUUCCCAGUCUCCCUCUACGUCCCGGUGACCGCGGGAGACCGGCGACCCUCCAACACUUCCCAGUAUGACAACCUUUCCGAGGUUGACGAAGAAGACCGCUAUCUGGAGAGGCUGCUGGGCUCCACGCCUGAAGAAGAUCCCAGCGUGCACGGCAAGCCUCCACAUAUCAUUGGCAGAGACUAUGACCCUGCUCUCUACCCUCUGCCUCCACCCCCCGUGUUCAUCCCUCCUUCGCCUUCACCUGUUCCUCCCUCGCUGUCCGCUCUUCCCAGUUUGCCUCAAGAGCCAGAAUACGAAGGAGAGGACAGCUGGGUGAAGGACUCCAUCAUCCCUCCUCCUCCACCUAGUUUUGCUGACAGGCUCACCCCCGUUCAGUGCAGUGCUUCCAGCUGUUCUGACACACACAGAGCCACCUCGCCUGUUUUCUCUAAGCCAUUCUCUAGGGGCCCCAGGGACCGCUCUGCUUUCCCAGCACCUCUGUUGUACACCGGGUCUCCCCCAGGUCACUCCAGGCCCUCAGGACAGUCGGCAGUAGGGGUGCCAUUGGUCCGAUCCAGCCCAGACUUUUGCAGGAUGCCUCCAGGUGGACAGCAACUGCCAAAAUCAGUGACCUUUUGAAGUUUCCAAGUUGCAUUCAAGUGUCACGGAUUACGAUUCGGACUCUGUGUUAAUGCUUGAUUAGUUUUCAAAGCCAAUGAAGAGGUAUAAGGCCAGUAGCUAUUCGGUGUGUCAAAGGGUUUCGUGCGUGCUUGUGUGUGUGUGGGGGUGUGUGUGUGUGAGAGAGAGAGAGGACGUUUUUCAUUGAUAUGUACAGAUUUCUGUGAUACUUGCACUGUUUUUGCAAGGGCAGUUAUCUUUUCCAAGUGUCAAAUUUGUAUUUAAAACUGCUGUCUGAUUUAUAUUUGCUGCACAAAAAGUAAGUGUAUUAACUCGUAUGCCCUUGGUGUGUCAGAUCAGAUUUGGUUUUCAGUUCGAUUAGAUGGUAAUGUGAAAUAAGGUGAUCUAAUACCAGCUGCAUGUUUCACCAUGGCUGCAUCUCCAGUUUGUUCCAACAAAGUGUCUUAACCUGAUCACAGUGUACUGAGGGCAGCAACUCUAACACAAGGGCUUUUGAGGCUGCAGUUAGGCCAUCUUUGCUAAAGCACCCAAAGCCUGUACUUCCAAACUGCAUUUAUGGUUAUCUGUGAGCAGGCUCACACGUAUUUACGGUAUGUCAAACUGUAAUGAGUAAGUGUUACUAUAACAUGGUUUGUUUACUUCAUCUUAAGGUCAAUAAUGAAAAACAAAGGAGCACUAAACAAGGUUGCACCAAAGCAGUUUGCAUACAAAUUUUGAAAAGAAGUUCUAAGCACCAGCAACAAGAAGGAGAAAUGGUGCAAUAUAUCACUGGUGUAAAUACUGAAGCUACUUUCAUUCACAUAAAACCCAGCCAGGUCAUUUUCCCCCCAGGCAGGUAGCAGUGGUACUCUGUGGGUAUUUGCUGCUUUAUUAAAUGUUUUAAAUUGAUUCUUUAGGAUGCCGUCAGUUUCAAAGGAGUAUGUCAGUGUUAUAUCUGUUUGUGCAACACUUGAUUUCACAGCAAUAAUAUAUUGUUUCAUGUUCAUAUAGAUGCAUGUAUCAAGGCUAAAUAAGGUGGAAGUAUAAGACUUAACAGGAGGAUUUAAUGAAUUCAACAUAUCAGCACAGACUGACUUGUAGUAAAAAUCCAUGCAACAAUAUUUAUGAAGAGUAGCUCCAUCUAGUGGCCAGAAGUGUUACAGAUUGACAGUAAUUUGCUGCAAGGCUCUUGAGGGGGACUAGCUCUGACUGCGGCAUAAAUUCUACCUAUAAUUCCUAUUCAUGAAUGUGCACAUAGUGAUUUCUAUAUUAAGACACAGUAAGCUGGACUUCAGAACACAAGGAAGGAGCCUGUAUUACACUGUUGUGUACUGUACACGGACUGGGGAAGGAGGUGAACGAAUCAAGCUAAAUUCAUUCAUAUGCACAGCCAUGUUUUAGAGCCAUUGACAGUGACUGUGGUGUCAGAGCACAGGUUUUUGAGAAAUGGAAGUUGAGCCAUAAUAUACUGUACAAGGACCUGAUAGUCAAACAUGUUUAUAUUGUCCUUUCAUUCAGUUAUGUAUUAUAUACUAUGUCUAAACAUAUGUUUUGUUUUUUUGCACUGACCUUCGUCAUUACCAAGAGGUUUCUCAUUUUUCUUAAGUAUUCAGCUGUUUUGUAAUGGCGUUCCAGAUUCCUGCUAAAAACUACUUUUAUUUUAAGGAGUGACGUUAACAUAUGUUUUACGGCCUGUUCAUGAACUUUGGUCUCGCAGCUGAGAUCCUUAACCAACAACUGGGAUCUUGGCUUCCACACAAGUCCGUUUGGCUUGCUGGAGCAUCUUUAAUCAUGUGACCUGACCACCAAUUGUACAUCACUGCUCCUUUUAUAGAUCUGGCUGACAUCAGUGAUGCUGGGGCUCAGACCAAAGCUUGUGUACAUUUAUACAACUACUUAUUUGAGUUUUAUAAAGAGGUAAACUUU